CCAGUCUGCCAGACACGAAGACUAGUGGCUCGAUAUGGGCCCAGGCCUUAUUCAAUACAGUGGCUGCCUCGGAUAGACGUGGAUGUCAGCCUUCUCUGUGCGAACUAGCAUGAGGAAUACUUCCCAAGUUGGCGUGGAUUAAGUCAAAGUUAAAGUGUUAUUGAAGGAGAGUGUGAGCGCUGUGUGUUGCAGGAAAGUAUUCGAUCAUGGCGUCCAGUUGGGAAACAACGUUUGUACUUACACUGGCUCUUUUACCUGGUAUGGCAGUGGAGGUGAAGACGUUCCUUGGUUUAUUUGUACGCAUGCCGCUACUGAAGUUGUCGGGUCCGCCGGCCCGUGUAUACACGAACUGCACUGUGGAGGCCUGUGCCCGCUACUGCACACAGGAAACUCACUUCGACUGUCAGUCGUUUGACGUGGAUAACUCUCUGAGGAAGUGUAUGCUAUAUAACAUUAGCCACGAGAAAGGGGUGUUGCAGGUAGCACACAUCACAGAUCACUACAGAAGUGCCUUUGAAAAGCUAUUUAAUCGUCUACCAAACCACGUGGUUACAUUACGCCACAACCGUAAAGUGUCGCGUGUCAGCGUAGAAGAGUGUUCACGAAGGUGCGUUUUUGAAGUUGGAUUUAAGUGUGAAGGUUUCGACUAUGAGCCUGAGCUUCGGAGUUGUUGGUUGACAGAAGACACCCCGGAGACAGCAGGCGGAGUUCGAUCUCACAAGGGAGCAGACUACUACAGGAGGUCCCCAGAGGGCCCACUGAGCAAAUUUGUAUGUUAUGGGAGUGGAUCAUUGCCGUCAUUGGAAGGACACCAAAUAUAUAACCGGGUUAUGCUUGGAGUGACACUGGAUGCAUGUGCACAGUUGUGUACAUCUGAACAAACGUUUGAGUGUUGUAGUUUUGACUACUACUUUGAGGAGAAGGCGUGUCACAUGAGCCAAUACAUUGCUGCCAAUGUGAACGGUGUAACCCGGGACCACAUAGAUCACAAUGCGGUGAUGCACUACGAGAAGAAAGCUCCCUACCUGGAUUACUUCUACCCUACGCCAUAUGCCGUUGUCCUGGGCAACAACGAGCGGACAUUCGAGAGGGUCACACCCAACAGAUGCGCACGCAGCUGCCUCGAAGAGACCAAGUUCGUUUGCCGAUCCUUUGACUAUCAGAUACAGGAUGCCACCUGCAUGCUGAGUUCCAAGACCGGAAGUGAUGUAGGAGGCCUGUACGACCAAGGAGCUACCCAAGUUCAUCAUUUCGAGAUGAAACCAUUUCUAGAUUGUGGCGGUGUGAUGACUACUGCAACUGGCAACUUCGCAAGCCCAAACUGGCCCCGGAAAUAUGCCCAUCACCUGAACUGCUCCUGGCACGUCAAUGUACCCCAACACAAGGUAGUCAAGUUUACUUUCACUCAUUUGGUCCUCGGACGCAAGACGCACAACCCGUGUGAUGAAGUCAAUGACAAACUGAUGGUUAUGGAGAUGACGUCACAUGGGCCCGUGCGCUUCUGUGCUGAUCAGAAUAUUGGUUCCUACGUAAGUCAGUCCAACAACAUCACCAUUCAGCUGGUCACCAAUGGGCAGCACGAUGCACAGGGAUUCAGAGUCUUCUAUGAGACAGACUGGCCCUGCCAUGCCCUUCUGACAACCGACUUUGGUGAGUUUGCGUCGCCUGGAUGGCCCCAGCAGUAUGCGGCCGACCAGACAUGUGUAUGGACAAUCACAGCACCUCCUGACGCCAGGGUGUUUCUCCACUUCACUAACGUAGACUUCCCCAAAUAUGGGUUGGGUCGAUGUAAUGAACAUUACGACAGCGUGGAAGUGUACGACGGGGAAUCCCCUGCUGCCGCGCGCCUCAGCAUCCUGUGUGGGUCCGAGGCCCCCUCCUCCAUCACAUCACGCUACAAUACAUUGCUAGUCAAGUUCCAUUCCGACUCUUCCAAGGAAAGAACUGGGUUCCAUGCAACCUAUAAAUUCCUGUACAAAGUGACCAGCUCUCCCAGUAUAGUGCCAACAACGGCAGUUCGGCUCGGAGUGAAGGUACAUCAGGAACACCCAGAACUCAACGACUCCUCUCUUCAGAGUGCACUGACGGCUGAUUUUUUGGAACCAACGUACGACUUCUCUAACAGUGAACACAGUUUGACCAGUGCCACAAAUAUGACCACCACGCGUGAUGUACAAGGACGUCAAGGUGAGGACGGUGGAGUUCUGGUAGGCGUUAUGGAUGCCGAGAGUCCAGCUGAAGACAAUCAGUACCUCUACAUCAUGUGGACACUGGUCACCUCGCUCUUUGUCAUGCUCAUCAUCGUCAUCGUCGUCCUUGUCGUUGUCUGUAGAUAUUACAAGCGAAGACUGCCCAAGCGCCGCAAUGUCCCCAACUAUGCCUUCACCGAGGUGAACCUCUCUUUGUAUGAGAAAGACAAUAUGCUGAACGCCCAGUGCGAGGACAGCGAGACCCAGGAGAGUCCCGCGUGUGCCAGUGAGUUCAACUCAGAAGAGGUCUCGUUCUAUAACCCGCUUUAUGAACGGAGGUUUCCUAAGACAGUAGACAGCGAGGACGGCAGCCCGUGCUAAUACUGCUCAAUAUCGGAACUACUGAUGUGUUGGUGCUGUUAUCAUCAGUCUACCCUGCCAUGUAUACCUGCAUCUUGUGACGUUGUGUCAGACGCCAAUCGUGUUUACUGGAAACAUCACAGAAUGAUACAUUACUAUGGCUGUUGAGAGUCGGACAGAGGUAAC